AUGAUUUCUAAAUUUGAUAGUGUUGAUUCAAUAGUUCAUUAUUUACGAGAAUCUACGUUAUCAUCAUCAGUAGUUGAUUCGACGAUAUCGAAGUCUCAUUUGAAUAAUAAUAAAUUAAAAUUACCAAAAGAACCACGAAAAGAAAAAAAUCUAACAAAUCCGAUGAAUACUAAGCCUUCAUGUGUUAUUACUGUACAGCCACAAUUAGAAGGAGAUAUAAAAAUCUUACCAAAAGGUCGUGUGAGAUAUGGACCAAUAACAGUUAAUCCACGUAAACAACCAUCAAAAACAUUAUAUACUGGUCGUCGUUCAAAAUAUGAAGUUUUAUCAGGUGAUGAAGAGGAAAAACGUCGUGAUCGUCGUGAACGUAAUCGUGUAGCAGCGACAAAAUGUCGUGAAAAACGUGACAAUGUUUUGAAUUAUCUUGAAAAUGAAUAUGCAAAAGAAUUAAAUAGUUAUGAACGACUUUUUAAAAAGGUCGAAGACUUAAAACAACAAAAAAGUGAUCUUGAGACAUUUAUAACAAAUCAUUUCAAUGAAUGUUUAUUAAUGAAUAAUUUACCAUCAUCAUCACCACAAUCAUCAAUGAUCUUUGGUGACACAGCAUUUCUCUCAUCAAUUAAUGAUACUUUACCACCACCACCACUUCCAUCCUCACAACAACCAAUUUUCUAUAAUGAUGACGAAGAAAUGAGUCAUAUUCUUGAUCCUGAUCCUAUACUAACAAACUCAGCUUACAGUACUGAUGAUUCAAAUUCAAUAUUACUUCCACAACAAGAAUUACAGACAAUAACAAUGACAAGUGGUAGUAUUGAACGGCUUAUAAAUAAUUUACAAACACCAACAAUAUCAAUGGAGAAUAAUAAUAAUCAUUCAAUAUUAUUUAAUUCAGCUAUUGGUUCAUCAUGUGCCAAACAACAUUCAAAUUCAAGUGAAGAUGAUUCAUUACCAUCAACUCGUGCAAAUCCUUAUGUUUGUUAA